AUGGAACCCGGACCGCCAUUCCCAGUGCCCGAUCGGCUGCCGCUCCUUGGAAACUGCGCACAACACUUGUUUUGGCUAUGCCCUGAAGCCCAAACAACUUGGACGUUUUUCCUUCAAGGUUUUGCGAGUUUGGUCAAGCACCCCAUUACCUGGGAUCAAAUUGUCUUCGGCUCCAACAUGGCCCCUGCCCCUGAAGCGCCAAGUGAAGCCCAUGAAGACAUCAAGACCCUUUUUCACAUCACCCGAAGUGUUGUCCUGCGCAUGCUUUGGCUCCACCGAAAUGAGCUGGUUUUCGGUCACAUCCAAGAACCAAAUUUCCAGCGGGUCAAGAUCUUGUCGGCCAACUACAUCAAGACCCAUAUACUUAGCCAUUUUGGCAAGUUAUGGUUUCAAGGGCAAUUUUCCGACUUGUUCGACCACAUUUUCAGUCUCACCGCGGCUCCAAGUCCCCGUGAAGACUCAAGCACCCAAAGGAACGUGUCCAGUUGA